UGAGGAAGGGGACCGUGGGCAAGGAGGGGGUGAGAUGAGGGAAAUGCUCCGAGGAGCUCGUUCUCACGUGUCCAAGCUCUGCUCCCAACUGGGGGGGGGGCGGGGCGCGCGGUGGGGGCCGGAGCGCCAGACACCUGUUGGGGCUGAGAGCUGCUGCGUCUACCAGACGCUGGAAGCCGGUUUGGGCGGUGAGAGCGGCUGGCGCGGCUGCAGCCAAGAACCCUUUAAGCCAAGAAAAAAGCUUUCUCGGUUUUUAAGCUGAGAAGGGAGGCUGUCCAACAGCAAGGGUAGGGAUUGGAUGAUCAGCUCCAGAGCCAGUCAAGUCAGGGAGGACAUGUAUCCCUUUCCCCUCUUUUGGCCGUUGGUAGGGCUGGGAGAAGCCCAGGUUCUGUGUCCAGCAGUCCCCGCAUGGAGGUCCUUCCUCCUGCCGCCAGGUCCAGAAAGACAUUGGUGGGCUGGAGGCUGGCAGCUGCCCGGUUGUAGGGUGACUAGGAGGAUAAAUGAGAUAGAGUACUGAUCCUAGAAAGGUGGCUACCCUAUGAAGGCCAGGCUUUGCCCUCUCUCCAUGUGGUCGGUCUGAUCCCGAAUCCUGAGCCAUGGUCCCACCACAGCUGCUUUCCCAUAGGUGCCUUCUGCAUCCCAUUGUACGUACCCUAUGUGCUGACCGGCCGUUGGACCUUCGGCCGGGGCCUCUGCAAGCUGUGGCUGGUGGUAGACUACCUACUGUGUGCCUCCUCGGUCUUCAACAUCGUACUCAUCAGCUAUGACCGAUUCCUGUCAGUCACUCGAGCUGCUUUGUCCAAAUGUAUCCUGAGGAUCAGCGGCAAAGAGCACCGGCAUAGAGCCCUCUCGAGCUUCCCUAGGUCCCUUCUACCAUCCCCGAGAAACAGCAAGACAGUGACAAAAUCACAGGGCUAUUAUUGUGACUGAGGCACCCGGUACAAAGCUGGCAUGUGGCAGGUAACCUGUGUAGUUAGCUUGUGGUUCCCAAGGUGGCUGUCAAGGACACUUGUCUCAGCUGUGCCUCUGAGGCCCCUCAGCAGGAUUUUUGGCCCCUCCUGCCACUCUGCCCCUUGCUUAUUUGAUGCACUUGGAGCUUAGUUUGUUCCUUGGAAAAGACUAGAUAGCCCCACCUCCCUACCUUUUCUAGCCAUUCACCUUUUAGAGAAGAAGACAAAAUACUUACUUCCCUCAUGUGUGUGUGUGCGUGGGGUGGGGGGCUCUCUCUAGCAAUGGGUCAGCAGGUUUCCCUUCUGUAUUCUCAGCUCCAGUAGUGAGAGGAAGGAAAUACUGGUGCAGAGUCGGGACAAAGCCCUUCCUUUUCAGCACAGCAAACCGUUGAAGACAGCUCUCUGGCCCUUGCAAGAAGCCUAACAUCAGAAACAGUUGUGUGUGGUCUCUGGGUGUGGCCAGUGCCAGUGGUGCAAGCAAAGGCAGGGGGACCCCAUGGAGCUGGUGGAGGAUGGUGAAGAGACAGGAUUCUGACUGGUCGUGGUAGGCUCCGAGGCUCUGGGAAGAGUGCGUGGGCAUCAGGCAGGCAGUGGACACAAGCAGGGGAGAGAAGGAAUACGGCACUUUACCCUGGGCAGACAUGGAAGCUGAGGCUUCUCUGAGCCUCCAGCCCAGUGCUGCUGACCUGUUGUUGAUCUGUACAACCCACUGCAGGUCUCCUACAGGGCCCAGCAGGGGGACACGAGACGGGCCGUUCGGAAGAUGGCACUGGUGUGGGUGCUGGCCUUCCUGCUGUAUGGGCCUGCCAUCCUGAGUUGGGAGUACCUGUCUGGUGGCAGUUCCAUCCCCGAGGGCCACUGCUAUGCUGAGUUCUUCUACAACUGGUACUUUCUCAUCACGGCCUCCACCCUCGAGUUCUUCACGCCCUUCCUCAGCGUUACCUUCUUCAACCUCAGCAUCUACCUGAACAUCCAGAGGCGCACCCGCCUUCGGCUUGAUGGGGGCCGUGAGGCUGGCCCAGAACCCCCACCAGAUGCCCAGCCCUCGCCACCUCCAGCUCCCCCCAGCUGCUGGGGCUGCUGGCCAAAAGGGCAUGGCGAGGCCAUGCCGUUGCACAGGUAUGGGGUGGGUGAGGCAGGCCCUGGUGUUGAGGCUGGGGAGGCUGCCCUCGGGGGUGGCAGUGGUGGAGGUGCUGCUGCCUCGCCCACCUCCAGCUCUGGCAGCUCCUCAAGGGGCACUGAGAGGCCACGCUCACUCAAAAGGGGCUCCAAGCCAUCAGCAUCUUCAGCAUCCCUGGAGAAGCGCAUGAAGAUGGUGUCCCAGAGCAUCACCCAGCGCUUCCGGCUGUCGCGGGACAAGAAGGUGGCCAAGUCGCUGGCCAUCAUCGUGAGCAUCUUUGGGCUCUGCUGGGCGCCGUACACGCUCCUAAUGAUCAUCCGAGCUGCUUGCCAUGGCCGCUGCAUCCCCGAUUACUGUGUCGAGCGCCUCGGGAAACUUGAAGCUUCUCUGCUCCUUCCACUCUGGAUGUUUUCAGGAAGAUGGAGGAGAAGAAAACACGUCUGUGAACUUGAUGUUCCUUGGAUGUUUAAUCAAGAGAGACAAAAUUGCCGAGGAGCUCGGGGCUGGAUUGGCAGGUGUGGGCUCCCACGCCCUCCUCCCUCAGUGCUGCAGCUUCCGGCUGAGCCGCGCCAGCUGCUUCUGCCUGCCCCGCCCCCAGGCUUGGGACGAUGGCCCUGCCCUGCUUGCCCCGUCUGUACAAUCAGAAUUUGGGGGUGGGUGGUUAUGGGGUAGAGCGGCUCUUCACUGUGCCCUAAAGGUCCUGAGGCUCACAGGACAGUCAGCAGGAGAGCAGGCAGGCCCGCGACACCUGGGAGGAAUGCUUUGCCUCGUCCUGUGUACUCACCUCAGGCUUCUGCAUGCUCUGCUGCCCUUGUGCCCUGGUGUGCUGCCUCUGCCAAUGUGAAAACACAAUAAAGUGUAUUUUUUUACGGA